UACAUGUUCAGUGUACUUAAAAUAAAUAGUAUGUUUUAUCCACAGAUGACUCUAAAGAAGGUGCUUUAGAACCAGUCUGUAAAUUUGACCUGCUUUCUAUCCAAGACCCAAAGGAAAUUGAGGCAUUAAAUGAAUGUGGCUUAGAUACUUUGGAAAAGAACAAAACUGGUGUACCAGAGUCUUGUGGUAGCAAAAUCAUACCUGAAGAUGAACUGCCUGAAAUUAAAGACCCCCUAAUGGAGGAAGAUGCCAUUAACAAAAUCUCUGAUGGUAGUAAAGUCAACCCUGAAGGUGAACGGGCUGAAAUACAAUGCUGCCUUAUGGAGGAGAAUAACAUUCACAGUAAUACACUAAUUUCAGAUGAGGAAAUGCUAGAAAGAAGAGACCCUCCAUCAGAGGAUACUGUUGAUAAUAUCUGCAGGGAUAUGAAAGACUUCAAAAUCAGAGAGGAGGAGAAAGAUUUUGAAGAUAAAAAACAGAAGAAGAGAAUCAAGAAAAGUUUGCAUCAUCUUGAAUCACAACUGAUAGAGAACAGGCGUAUUGAGAAUGAAAGAGAUUUUACAUCAGGUGCUCAUAUAACACAAACCAAUGAACUGCGAACAGUGGAAAAUCUUGGCACACUUGAGAAUCUCUUUACUGAGCUAGAGGCAGAGGAGACUGAACCAGUACAAUUACAUGGUGAUAUAAAUGAAGUCUUGUGCUCUGAUUCAGAAGAGAGUAUUGUCAAUCAAACAGAAGUACCCUCAGGAAAAAAUUCCACUGAAAGUCUGCAGAUAAAGAAUAUGGACCAAUUAAGGGAACUAAUUCAAAAUGGAAUUGUUGGCUUUGGAUCUCACUUCCGAGUGAGGAGGCGACUAGGAUUUUAUGAUUAUUAUCAUCAUUUUUUGACACUGGAGACAAACGACCAAUCCAUAACAGUUCUCCAUCUGACAAAAACUGUACCAUUAUAUAUUUUCUGUGAAAAGGCCAUAGUCAGUUUUUCCAAUUUUAACAAUACUUUUUUUGAUUUCAAGUGCGGAGUUGAACUUAUCCGUUGGUAUUCCAUUCCGAAAAAUAAAACAGCCUUAGAGGAAAUAAAUCUAAGAAUAGAAGAAGUGAUCGCAUUAGGUUACAUAAAUUAUAGUCUCACCUCAUCUGAUAAAAUGUAUUGUGCUUCUUUAGUUUCUUACAUUUUAACUGGUGAGAAAGAUUACAAAGAAGUGCAUGAGUUUGUGAGGCACUAUGGGGUAUUUGGCAUUUUUCUUGUCUUACUUGUAAAUUGUUUUUGCUCUCUAAUAUCUAAUAUAAGAUGUCUUAAAAAUUCAGUUUCAAAAUUAAAACAAAAAUUUACCUAUAUGUUUAAGGUAGUAAAGUCAAAGAUGUUAGAUAAGUUUUAUUCUUUUUUUAGUUACCUUUGUUGCAUUUUGGAUUUGGCUGCUAGUUAUUUAGAAAGAUCAAUUGAAAAGACUUUUAAAGAGAGAAAGAGAAGUAAUAAGAAAGAUGAUAGCUAAUAGGGAUGGGUAUUGCCAAAAAUUUGAUAUUGCGAUAUAUCACAAUUUUUUCCUCAAAAUAUCACAAUAAUGUAAUGACAUUUUUACACAUCAAUUUUUUCUAUGAUAUUUUAAAUGAAUAUCCAUAAUUUUUCUUACAAGUAUGUUGGGAAAAACAUAACGUCACUUUUUUUCUUUUUUUUGACAUA